AUGUAUGCAGCGCCGAAUCCUGCCGAUACAGCAACGAGAACUUCACGCCCGAUGAUUGGAGCAAUAUUUUGUGGAGCAUUUCUUUUAUUUUUACUUGCUGCAGCUAUUGUAUUACCUAUUUAUACACCAACAAAAUCAACUAUCUUAGAUCCUGAUUCAGGCAUAAGUAAUUUAAUUACAAUGGUUGCCAAUGAUGGUAGCACAAGUACCAGCAGACGAAAAAGAGCUGCUUCAUAA